AUGACUAAUCAGGCUAAAGCAGGUAUAUUCAAACCAAAAACCCUUCUCUCCACGUCCUUGAUUGACUGGUCAUUAACAAAACCGACGAGGGUUAAGGAUGCUUUGACUACUCCCUCUUGGAAACAAGCGACAGAUGAGGAGUAUAUUGCUCUUGUCAAAAAUCAAACAUGGCACCUAGUUCCACCAUCUUCAGAUUUGAAUGUGAUUGGCAGUAAGUGGAUAUUUCGAAUUAAGAGGAACUCAUAUGGGACAAUCCAACGGUAUAAGGCACGACUUAUUGCCAAUGGAUUUCAUCAAAACCUGGGUGUUGAUUUCUUUCUGGUCGUUAAAGCUACAACCAUUUGA